UUGUCAUUGCCUUCUGGGUGAGCCUGGCUGCCUUCGUGGUGCUCCUCUUCCUCAUCUUGCUCUACAUGUCCUGGUCGGGCUCCCCGCAGAUGAGGAACAGCACCCAGCACCACCAAACCUGCCCCUGGGGGCACAGCCUCAACCUGCCCCUCUGCAUCCAGAGGCACCUGCAACGCCACAGGCCCCCCCAGGGGACCUCACAGGCUCCAGCAAGCUCGGUGGAGGACCCAGGGAGCAGAGCUGGCCCUGACCAGCGGCCGCAGCAGGAGAGCCCCUCAGCCUCGCCCCCCCAGGGACCCCAGGCCAAACCCACUCUCCUCUGGGAACUGGCCCUCGACGGUGGGCCCCAAGCAUCAGCUGACGUCAGGAACAAGCCCAGGGAGCCUCCCCCAGACAAAACCUCUCAAUUGCAGAAUUGACACCAGCAGGCCAAGGCCGUAGCUGAGUGAACUGGUGAAUCAAACCAACCUGGGCACACACAGUCUGUCUAGAGGCUGUCUGCACGCAGCAGCAGGUGCGACUCCAGGAGGUGCACCACGUGCCUCAGACAAAGGCGUGCAAAUGGCCCUUCGAGCACAGAAGAGUUGUCCCGGGUACUGAUUUUAUUUAGCGCACUUAAGCUGCUUACCUAUGGUUAUGUUCGCUUUGGGAAGGACGGGAAAAUAAAUAUAUAUGA